AUGACUUCUUUCAGGGCAGAUGCUUCAAAGGCCAACACUGCUCUCGCGUGCAUGUGUCUACCAAAGACCGAAAUCGCGAUGUAUGCUUCUUCUACCUUCAUGGGCGCGGGACGUGCCCAGAGGGAUCUGAGUGCCGCCGGUACCACCUUAAAGCGGAAGAUAUCGCCGCCACCUGUGUCUGAACAAAGGCCCGCUCCAAGCGAGACACAUCCGGUUCGUCCCCUGGGUCCUAGUAACCAACAACAAUUUCCCAUCCGAUCAGCCCUCCUUGCCUUGAGCCCCUUACACCAAACACCAUUUAAAGGGAUCAUCUCUCAGCAGCGGCCAAACCCCCUUCCCCUUCCCCCUCGCUUCCGUCAACAACCUCCGCCGCCGCCGCCACCACCACCAUAUUCCGCUACCACGAAUAUCCUCUCCCCCUCACACUCCGACUCUCUACUGAAGAACUUUAUCGCCGAAGCUCUUCAGCAAGAGCCUCGCCCAACGUCGCAUAUCAUGCCUCCUCCCGAGAAACCCGGCAGUGUCCAAACAGUCCACGAGCUUCGCAAGCGCCUUGAACAAGAUCCGCGCUCCGAAGAAGUCUGCCUCAAUUACCAGAAAGGCCGCUGUGCUUGGGGGGACCGCUGUCAUCGUCAGCACCAUCCCAAGAGAACGGCGACUGAAGCGAAACCUCCCACGCCAACGAUACAGGAUUUGUCGGGUCAAACUGCUCGAAAGGGCGCACCCCAGGCGGAUCCUUCGUUACAGUUAGCUGUACAAUAUCCACAUGACUCGCCUGCUCGCAACGUCCCUACCACCAACCAACCACUGAUAUCAACGCAAGCGCAACCUUUGCAGACCCCUCACUUCAAUAAUAAUUCACCCCCUUCGUACUCGCCCCCACACGACCCCGCCAUCACCGCCAUGCCGCUUCCACACGACCAUGAGCGUGCACAAGUCAAGCUUCCUGUCAGAGCGCCACCACCGACCCAACAUACAGGGCCUGCACAACACAACCUACGACAAGAUCCAUUUCCACCUCAGCCUUACACGGCCGAUCAUCUUAUCCCAGCGCCGAAACUCCAGCGACCGGUUCUGGACAGCAGUCAGCGUGACGCUCCUCCACACCUCUUCAAGAGGAACGAUGGGCCGUUCACCGGACACCCUGCGAUAGUACUUGGAGGUGGAUACAACGGCAUACAGUCCGGCCGUAUUCGCAGCGCACCCCAAAUCCCAAUCCCUCGCGGCACCCGCGUCCCUGACGGUGUAUGUUUUGAAUGGGCCCGUGGUCGGUGCUUCAGAGACACCUGCAAAUUUCGCCACCAUAUCAGCGAGGAACCUGCACCAUCUACGGUUGCUCAACCAUCUAUACCUUCUUCCGAACGCUCCCAACCCCAAGCUCGAGCAACUUGUUCUUCGGCCCCUGAACGGGUAGUACGAUCUUCUUCGCCGAGAUCGUCCGCUCCUGGAAGUUCUACGGGAGCCGUGCCUCCCACACGGCCGUCACCUCCUGAGACCGUCACUAUUCCUGUCCAUGAUUACAUGCGCGUUGUUCUCGGGCCCGGAUUCGAUGUUCGCAGUGUCCGUACAGGGACUGAGUCCAAUUGGGUCGCCUUGUCUAACGUCCCAGCCGAUGUCAGCCAAAGUGAACUCGAACGAGUUCUGACACCGUUCGGUAAACCAGUCGAGGUCAGACUUCGGGAGAAGUCCGUUCGCCCAACCGCCUCAUACAGUGCUGUCGUCCAGAUGGAAGAAGCGAGUCAAGUCAGUGCGGUAGUCGAGGCUCUCGACGGCGUAGAGAUAUUCGGAGCACGUAUCCACGCACAAGUCUCCCUCGGUCGAACACGCUACCACAAUCAGCUGCGGAACCAAGCCAUCCAUAUCUCCUGGGAGGUCCCUCUGUCUACCGGGUAUGCAGGCUACGACACGCCAGAGGAAGCACAGAAAGCAGUCACUCUGGCCGAUGGCUUCACGAUGCGCAAGCAGUAUUGGGUCACCGCAUCCCUCUACGAAGGUAUCCCGGUCGUCGGCGCUUACAACGUUCGCUUCACGGGACUUCCUCCAGACGUACAAGGCAAGGAUCUGGCCCCUUUUGGCAAGACGGAGAAUACGAUGUUCGAGCGACCAAUCGCCCCGCUCGCCAAUUUCGGUAUUCCUGCGGUCCAACGUCUUCUAUCAGAAUUAGGCCCCAUGUCCUCCUUUGAAAACUCGCCUGCACCAUACAAGAACGGUCUCGUGCGCGCGUGGGCUCUCUUUGAGACGCCGGAUGUUGCCAGCGAGGCCUGUCGACGCAAUGGCAUCAAGCAGAAGGCGCUAGGCUACCAGAGGAUCACCGUCCAGAGGGUGCAGUCUGUUCUCUACGAAGUUCCCAGAGACAUUUACUCCCUAAUCAGCGAAGAGCUCCAAGCACUUCGCAAUUCGUUAUGGCAGAAUGGUCCGGGUACACACAUCCAUGUCUUCAACAAGAACCCUGGCAUGGACAGCGUCCAGCUCAAGCUCGUAGCCGAAGAUUCCGUUACUAUCCGACGACUGAAGGCCGAUAUCGAGGUGAUGGUCAGGGGAGAGCCAGUGGAGCAGGAUGGUAAGAAGGUUUGGGACCCGUUCUUUUCACGUCCCGAUGGGCAGGCGUUCUUGGAAAACACUGAAGCGCGACACCGCGGUCUCCUCGUUCGUGCUGAUCGGUUACGAAGGACCAUCAGGCUCAUCGGACGGCCUGAAAAGCGUGCCCUGGGUCAGAAAGCCAUCGUCGCCAAGUUCAACACUCUCACUUCGCAGAAGGUAUUCUCGAUCCCGCUCGACGGCCACGUUCUGACACUAGUGAUGCGCGGUGCGUUCAAUGCGUCCUCCAAGAAGCAGGGCGUCGAGACGACCUGGAUGGAUAUUUCUCAGCGGAAGCUGUUCGUACGUGGAAGUGCCAAAGGAUUCCAAGAGGUCCAGGCCAUCGUUCAGAGGGACAUGGGUCAUCAUGCGACGCCUCCCGCUCAGGCUCACUGUCCCGUCUGUUUUGAGCCCGCAACGGACCCAGUCACACUCGAUUGUGGUCACUCAUGGUGCAAGGCCUGCCUCGAAGGAUAUCUAACUGCGGCUUCAGACGUUCAAUCCUUCCCGCUUCACUGUCUUGGUGACGAGGGCAAGUGCUCCCACCUCAUUCCAACCGUCGUUGCACGCAGGACCCUUUCACCGAGCGGGUACGAUACACUGGUGCAAGCUGCGUUCUCCUCGUACAUCCACACUCGUCCCGACGAUUUCUAUCACUGUCCGACCCCCGAUUGUCCUCAAGUCUACCGCUCAGGCCCACGCGACUCCGUCAUUAGCUGUCCUUCCUGCAUCUGCGCUAUAUGUCCACACUGCCAUGUCGAGUAUCAUGAAGGGGUAACUUGUGCCGAUCGGGAGGAUGGUUUGGAUAAGUUGUUCGAGGAAUGGACGAGCAUGCACGAUGUGAAGAAAUGUCCGGGAUGCAAGGUGCCGAUUGAGAGGAGUGAGGGGUGCAACCAUAUGACGUGCACGAGGUGUCACACGCAUACCUGCUGGGUCUGUCUGGAGACGUUCCCGCAGGGGAAGGGAAUUUAUGAUCAUAUGAGGAGUGCGCAUGGGAGUAUUGGGGUGUAG